AUAUUAAACUCUUGAAGUAUAAGCCAACAUAAGAAUUAAUACUAUCAACCUCAAUACUAGAGGUUGGAUUUCAUAUCCACAUAUUAAUAUAAAUAAAAUUAGAACUUGGAAUAUAAAUUAUUUUUUUCCCUAAAAAUAAAUAUUUAGUCAAAUUUUUUUAGUGGACGUCUUUAUCUCAAUGGAAAUAAUUACUCGGUGAGUGCUCUUCUUUCCCCAAGCAUCUCCUUCGUCUUCACUCUGACACAGCAACCCUUACACCGCCGCCGCACUGGUUCCGACUAGCCGCCGAAGAUGAAUGAACAAAAGGAUGAAAGUUCCGAUCAAACCAGGCCGUCGGAUUUUGGUCCUGUGCCGAAGCCGAAAUCCAAAACGAACAAAUUCGCUUUUCUCUGCGCAAUUUUGGCUUCCAUGUCUUCAAUCUUACUAGGUUACGAUACCGGCGUAAUGAGCGGAGCGGCGAUUUACAUAAAAGAGGAUUUCAAGCUAUCGGAUGUGGAGGUUGAAAUUCUGGUCGGAAUAAUCAACCUCUACUCGUUGAUUGGCGCCGCCGCCGCCGGAAGAACUUCGGAUUUGAUUGGGCGUCGUUACACCAUGGUUUUGGCUGGAGUUAUCUUCUUCGUCGCCGCCGUACUGAUGGGAUUAGCCACUAACUACGCGUUUCUUAUGUUCGGAAGAUUCGUGGCCGGAAUCGGUGUCGGAUAUGCUCUGAUGAUAGCUCCGGUGUAUACGACGGAGGUUGCUCCCACUUCUUCUCGGGGAUUUCUCACCUCAUUUCCGGAGGUGUUCAUAAAUUCUGGAGUACUGCUAGGCUACGUUUCAAAUUACGCCUUCUUCAAACUCCCAACUCACUUAGGAUGGCGUUUCAUGCUCGGAAUCGGAAUCUUCCCCUCCGUCUUCUUAAUUCUCAUCGUCCUAAUCAUGCCAGAAUCUCCCCGUUGGCUCGUCCUCCAAGGUCGUCUCGCCGAUGCCACCGUCGUCCUCCACCGCACCUCCGAUUCCCUCCACGACGCCCAACUCCGCCUCAUCGACAUCAAACAAGCCGCCGGAAUCCCAUCCGACUGCACAGACCCCAUCAUCCAUCUCCCCAAACGCCGUCGCGGCGGCCAAGACGUCUGGAAAUACCUUUUCCUCCACCCGACGCCGGCCGUCCGUCACAUUCUGAUCUCCGUCAUCGGCAUCCAUUUCUUCCAACAAGCCUCCGGCAUCGACGCUGUCGUCCUCUACAGUCCAAGAAUCUUCGAACAAGUCGGAAUCACUUCCUCAAAUCACAAGCUUCUAGCAACCAUGGCCGUCGGAUUCUCCAAAACGAUUUUCAUAUUAAUUGCGACGUUCCUCCUCGAUAAGAUCGGACGGCGGAGAUUGCUUCUCACUAGCGUGAGCGGCAAGAUCCUGUCGUUGAUUAGCUUAGGGUUUGGGCUUUUGUUUGUGAAUCGUAGCCAGUGGGCCGUUGGAUUUUGUAUUGCGAUGGUGUUAUCUGACGUGGCAUUUUUCUCAAUGGGAAUGGGUCCCAUCGCGUGGGUCUAUAGUUCGGAGAUAUUUCCGUUGAAGUUACGCGCUCAAGGGGCGAGUAUCGGAGUGAUAGUGAAUAGAGUUACGAGUGGAGUUGUGGGAAUGACGUUUAUAUCCCUAUACAAGGCAAUUACUAUUAGUGGGGCUUUUUUUCUUUUUGGUGGCGUCGCCGUCGUGUCGUGGUUGUUCUUUUACUUUGUUUUGCCGGAGACACGAGGUCGGACUCUUGAGGAAAUAGAGGGGCUUUUCGGUAAUUUUCUUUGGAAGUUUGAGAAAAAUAAUAAUGUGGAGAAAGAUGACGGUGGGAAUGGGAUUCAGUUGAGAUCUUCUAAUCUGAAUUCGACGGUCUAGAUUUGAUAAUUGUUGUUGGGGGAGGGGAGGAAAGGGUAAAAGCAAAGGAAGGUUUCAAUUAUGAUUUGUUUUUUUUUUUUAGGGUUAAAAUGUCUUUUUAUUUAGUACCGGGAUUGAAUCUCCAACCUUUUAGAUUGAAGUUGCAUGUCAAUUCCAUUAAGUUAAGUUCACCUUGACUGAUUAAAAUAUCAUUUUAGUAUUUGUAAUUUUGACAUUUGUUUUAUUUUAAGUCGGUGUACUAUGUAUAA